GGCAACAUUGUGGCGACGCUGAGACGCAGAGUUUAGGAGUCGGGUCUCUGGUUCCGGCUGGCUCGGCGCGGUCGGCGGGAGGCAGAGCGGCGGCGGGGCGAUAGGCCCCGGCGAGCGCGGACGCGCGCCUCGGCGCAUCCCAUCACGCAGCUCCCGCGGCCUCACGCAGGCCGGCCAGGCGGCCCUGGGCCCCGCACUGCCGCAGCGAGCGGCUUGUAAACAGAUCCGGCCGCACGUGACUAUGUGAACUACCCGCUCCGGGCCGCGUAUUGUCUCUUCGGAGAGUCGCGCCACAAAGGAGGCGGUGGGAGAGCGGCCGGAGCGCUAAGAUGGCUGAAGGCGCCCGGCAAGGGUGAGCUGGGGGCGCGGCCACCGCGGAGACUCGGCCGGGCGGCCCCCCUCGGCCGGUCACUGGAGCUACCAUGUCGUUCGCGCUGGAGGAGACGCUCGAGUCCGACUGGGUGGCGGUGCGGCCCCAUGUAUUCGACGAGCGCGAGAAGCACAAGUUCGUGUUCAUUGUGGCCUGGAACGAGAUCGAAGGCAAGUUUGCCAUAACCUGCCACAACCGGACGGCCCAGAGGCAGAGGAGCGGUUCCCGGGAACAGGCGGGGACUCCUGCGCCAGAUGGGAGUCGCGGACCCGGCAGCCCGGCGACCCGGGGCCGACCCGAGGCCGCUGCCUCUGCCACGGCGCUCCGGAGCCCCGGGCCGCGGAAGAGCCCGGCCUGGGCCGAGGGUGGCUCUCCGCGCAGCGCGCGCAGCCCGAGAGGGAAUCCUCUCCGGGGUCCGGCCGGCAAAGGACCGGAGAGUCCCCUCCGUAGUCCCGCGCGGGCCAAGGCCAGCCCGCUUCGCAGAGGCGCGGAAUCCCGAGAUGCGGCCGCCGCUGCCACGCCAGCCCCGCCGGCGCCCCCGGUGUCGUCGGUGCGAGUGAUGAGUGCCUGCGGGGCGGUCUCCGAGGAGAUCGAGGUGCUGGAAAUGGUGAGGGAGGAUGAGGCGCCACCGCCGCACCCCGACGCGGAGCGGCCGCCGUCCACCGCGGAGCUGGAGUCACCGGCUGAAGAGUGCAGCUGGGCCGGGCUCUUCUCCUUCCAGGAUCUGCGGGCCGUGCACCAGCAGCUGUGCUCGGUGAACUCACAGCUGGAGCCGUGUCUGCCGGUGUUCCCCGAAGAGCCGUCCGGCAUGUGGACGGUGCUGUUCGGGGGCGCCCCCGAGAUGACCGAGCAGGAGAUCGACGCUCUGUGUUACCAGCUCCAGGUCUACCUGGGCCACGGCCUGGACACGUGCGGCUGGAAGAUCCUGUCCCAGGUGCUCUUCACCGAGACCGACGACCCCGAGGAGUAUUACGAAAGCCUCAGCGAGCUGCGGCAGAAGGGCUACGAAGAGGUGCUUCAGCGGGCGAGGAAGCGCAUCCAGGAGCUCUUAGACAAGCACAAGACUAUAGAGAGCAUGGUGGAGCUUUUGGACUUGUAUCAGAUGGAGGAUGAAGCCUACAGCAGCCUUGCAGAGGCCACAACUGAACUCUACCAGUAUUUACUUCAGCCAUUCCGAGACAUGCGAGAGCUUGCCAUGCUGCGAAGACAGCAGAUCAAGAUUUCCAUGGAGAAUGAUUAUCUGGGACCUCGAAGAAUUGAGAGUCUACAAAAAGAAGACGCUGACUGGCAGCGGAAAGCUCACAUGGCUGUGUUGUCUAUCCAGGAUCUCACUGUCAAGUAUUUUGAAAUAACAGCUAAGGCACAGAAAGCUGUCUAUGAUCGGAUGCGAGCAGAUCAGAAGAAAUUUGGCAAAGCAUCGUGGGCAGCAGCUGCAGAACGCAUGGAAAAACUCCAGUAUGCAGUUUCUAAGGAGACUUUGCAAAUGAUGAGAGCUAAAGAGAUUUGUCUGGAACAGAAGAAACAUGCAUUGAAAGAAGAGAUGCAAAGUUUGCAGGGAGGUACAGAAGCUAUAGCUCACUUGGAUCAGCUUGAAGCUGAUUACUAUGAUCUGCAGCUUCAGUUGUAUGAAGUGCAGUUUGAAAUCUUGAAGUGUGAAGAGUUACUUUUGACCGCACAACUGGAGAGCAUCAAAAGACUUAUAUCAGAAAAGAGAGAUGAAGUGGUAUACUAUGACACUUACGAAAGCAUGGAGGCCAUGCUGGAGAAGGAGGAGACGGUGGCAUCUGUGCAAGCACAGAGGGAAGAGCUCCAGAAACUGCAGCAGAAGGCACGCCAGCUAGAAGCAAGAAGGGGGCGCGUCUCAGCCAAGAAGGCCUACCUCAGAAAUAAAAAGGAAAUUUGUAUUGCAAAACACAAUGAAAAGUUUCAGCAGCGUUUUCAGAGUGAAGAUGAAUAUAGAACCCAUCACACAGCACAACUAAAGAGAGAAAAAUUACACGAUGAAGAGGAAAAAAAAAGUGCCUGGGUUAGCCAAGAGAGACAGAGGACCCUGGAUAGACUUAGAACAUUUAAGCAGAGGUACCCUGGGCAAGUCAUCCUUAAAUCAACAAGAUUAAGAGUGGCUCAUGCGAGGAGAAAAAGUACAGCAAGUCCUGGGCCCUGUGAGGAGCAGUGUGACUCUCUACCCGGAGAGCUGCAGGGAGAGAAGACUGAAGUGGGAGAAGGAAGAAGCAAGCUUGGGUCUUCACAGACAGCAGAACCCCAGAGCCUUGUCCAUCUUGAAGACACUUCAUCAGUACAACUUGAAGCCCCUUCAUUACCUCCCAGUGCUGUUACCUCUGAACUGCCUCCACCCUCAUCACUUCCACUUCUGACCAGUAAUGACCUCAAACCAUGUUCUGCUGCAGCAGAUCCACUCCCACCCCCUCUCCCUCCAACACCUCCCCCUCCCCCUCCACCCCCGCCUCCACCUCUGCCUGUUGCAAAGGACAAUGGUGCCACCACCACUUCAGAGACACUGGAGAAAGAUGCACUUAGAAAGGAGGGCUGUGAGAAGAGGAUCCCAAAGUCAGCCAGCGCCCCCUCAGCGCAGCUCUUCGACAGCAGCCAGCUGGUCAGUGCCCGGAAGAAGCUCCGGAAGACAGCUGAUGGUUUGCAACGGAGGAGAGUGAGUUCGCCCAUGGAUGAGGUGUUAGCAUCUUUGAAGCGUGGUAGUUUUCAUCUGAAAAAGGUUGAACAGCGGACUCUGCCUCCUUUUCCUGAUGAAGAUGAUAGUAACAAUAUCUUGGCGCAAAUAAGGAAAGGGGUAAAAUUGAAGAAGGUUCAGAAGGAAGUUCUGAGAGAAUCCUUCACACUUCUGCCUGAUACAGACCCUUUGACACGGAGCAUCCAUGAAGCUCUAAGAAGAAUUAAAGAAGCAUCCCCAGAGUCAGAGGACGAGGAGGAGUCUUUACCUUGCACAGACUGGGAGAACUAGCAGGUGACUUAACAGAAAGAAGAAAAAUACCCACGGAUUAAGACUGGUUCUCAUUCUUUUGGGAAAAAGUUUAAUCUCUUGGUCCCAAAAUUGAAUUCCAUUAGUUGCUGAGUAUGAAAAAAGAAGCACAAUUGGAGGAUAUUACUGUCCAGUCACUCUCGCUGGUAGUGGUGACGUCAGUUUUCUAUGUGCAAUGUUCCUGACUGCCUUGCGAAGGCCUCCUGGAGACAGACGGCUGCUCCUUACACACCUCUUCCCGCCCACCCUUUCACAACCUCAUGGUGGCCAAUUACACUAGGGGUCACUGAAUUAGAAGAACCCUGGGUUGGCAGAGUUCUACUGUGUGAGCUGCUUUGGGAGUCAUCUUUCAGUGCACCGAGAAGAUAUCUGCUGAAGCUCAGCUGCUUCCACAUCAGCUUCUAGAACUAGAGUGACAUGCUGAAGAAGGCAUUUAUCAUGGUAGUCACAGUCAGGAAUGAAAAGAAAACAACAUGGAGCGCACUUAAAAAUCCCCACAUUUUUUCAUCUCCAGAGAUGUUCAGUGUCUGAGAAGCCAGUGGAGAUAGACCUAGUAAUGUGUGCACCAAAACACAACACAUUUAAUAAGGCAUAUUUUUAAGAGGCCACAGUCUUACAUUUUGUAAGAGUUUGAAGUUAAAAUUUCCAUGCUUUUAAAAUAGCAUUUCAUAAUUCUGAAUUUAGAAUAGUUUGAAUUUUAUGUGCACCCUGUUUAUGAGAAGCAGUUCUUCGUAAUUUGAUAAUGUUUCAAAUUAUUUUUAGUCUUUUUGUUUGAACUACUGCUUGAUUACUGUAACUCAUGACUUUCCUAUUGAGAAUCAAAAAUCAGGAUUCAACAGUGGGGUUACAGAUGACAGCUGUUUGUAUCCUGCACCAGUUCUAGGUUCUUAUUGUUAUGAUCCAUGGUGAAGAGCAUGUGUUCAGUAGAGGUCCAGAAGGCAGCCAUUCCCCAAAACCCGCAGCUGGCAUUUCACUAUUUUCUUAUGCUUCGGAUAGAACAUUAGGAUAGCAUUCGUUGCUGUCACCAAAUCUUGAAACUUACGUACAUAGUUGUAGGGCUGACUUAGCUGUAUCAUACAGGGUCCAUUUAUGAAUGGAGCUGUCAUGGAUUGUCAAUGGGAUUUGUGGACCUGCUUGAAAGUAGAUAUGCUGGCCCCAGUUUACAGCACGGUGUAGUGUGUGCUAAUGAUGGAGACAGAUCUUGGCUUUAUAAGGAGGGAUUGAAAUACCAAAAAGAACUUCAUUCCCAGAAAGUUCUUCCCCAGCUUAGCCCAGAAACCACCCUGCAGUGAGAGCUCGCCAUUGUCCACAAUGGCUUCCUCCAGAAACACAGCUUUUCUUGUCAAUACUGAGAGAUAUUUUUCUUUAAUUAUGGAAAAAAAAAAUUCUGGUAGCAGGUUAAAGUAAACCAAAUCUUUGCACUUGAAUAUUCGUAGCAUGUUUAUUGAUGAGACUGGGAGCUUUUGUAACCUUUUAUUUAUUGGUUUUAGUCCUAGCACAAUUCCCACAUCUUGUCCAGAAGAAUUAAAAUAGCUCCGAUGUACAAACCUCACCCCAGGAUGAUGUGUGGGUCCUUCAUACCCAAAGAUCCAUUGGCUAGAUAAAAAUAUCUGAAAAAUUGCAAAGUUUACAAACUUUGUAAAAGUCACCCAUCAUCUAUGCACUUCUAAUAUUAAAUAUCCAUGUAUCAGUAUUCUACACUGGUUUUUUUACUUUUAACAUUUUUAACUGAUUUAUUUUGUGUGCAUUGGUGUGAAGGUGAUAAAUUCCCUGGAGCCAGUUAUAGACAGUUGUGAGCUAUCAUGUGGGUGCUGGGAAUUGAACCCAGGUCCUCUGGAAGAGCAGCCAUUGCUGUUAACCACUGAGCCAUCUCCCGAGCUUUUAUUCACUUUUGAUACUGGUCUUGCUCUGGAGCCCUGGCUGGCCUAGGACUUGCCGUGCAGACUGGAUCCGCAGCAUUCGUCCUGCCCUUGUCCUCCCAGUGCUAGGUAGGACCGCAGCUGGCGGCCAAGAUAAGGUUGGCUGCGGUUUUGUUUUUGUGUGGUUUUUUUUGUUUUUAAAGUUUCAUUUUUUAAAAAAUUAUUUUAAGUAUGUAUGUCCAAGAGGCUCUUGCCUGGAGCUAGAUUUACAGACUCCCCCUCACAUGGUUGCUGGGAAUCAAACUUGGAUCCUCUGAAGGAACAGUGCAUGCUCUUAAUCCCUCAGCUAUCUCUACAGCCCGUUUUUUUUUAAACUUUAGGAAAAUAUGGACUAUAACAUUAAAUUAACAACAGCCAUUGUGUUGUAGUCAGUCUUGGCAUCAAACUCCUGGCCUUUUAGGUGGGAAAGCAGGGAAUCAUGAGCAGCUCUCAGUACAUCCUGUCUUAGCUCUCCAGGAAUGACUUCAUUCUUGACAAUCCACAGCUACAGCACGGAGCCUUCAGCCCAUUUUGAAUGCCAGUUUCUCUGUCUCAGGUUUUGUACUGGAGUGUGGUUCAGAGUAGAGUUCAAGACCUUAUGUUCCGUCAGUAGUGUUGCUUCCUAACCUCCAAGGAAAGAUUUCUGCUUAAAGAAUUAUGCCACUGUUUUUACAGUAACACAAAGUAAUUAGCAUACAGGUGUUCGAGAAAUCACUAGGUGAACCCACAUUAGUUUAAAGUGGAUUUAGAGCCCCAGAAAAAUGAUGAGCAUGUUUUUGUUCCUCUAUCUUAGUUUCCUAAACAAUAAUAAAGGGUUUGGAUGAAGUCAGUGGACCCGAAGUGAUGAGCUCUGGCCUUCACAGUGCAUUCGUAUGUUUAGUUGUCGCUUAGUGCUCCCAGUUCCCGGUCUGCUUGUACAGCUAGACUCCUGCUGUCAUUCCUGUCCACAGACCCUGUUUGUUUGUGCUCUUCCCAAAUACGGUAUAGCCAAUAGAUCGCUUGGGGACACUAAUGUUCAUACUUGAAUGUCAAGUCCAAAUAUUCCCUCAAUACAACCAAAAUUGUGUCUAAUAGCCAAUGUAGUAUGUAUAGAAAAGGAAUAUCUCAUGAUUUAAAUGCUAAUUGUAUUUUAGCAUAAGAAAGUGCUGGAAAAUAAUAAGGACUUCUAGGGGAUAUGCAAUGCCCUUUAUAGGGGCUAUUGAGUGUAAAGAGUGCUUUAUAGGUAGGGCAUGGAGUUCAUUAAAAACAAUCAUUCCUUAGGUGUUCAUUGUGCACUCGGAAUUUUUUUUUUUUCUUUUCCUAGGACAGGGUUUCUCUGUGUAGCCCUGGCUGUCCUGGAACUCAGUAGAAUCAGGCUGGCCUUGUACUCAGGGAUCCACCUGUCUGCCUUCCUUUUAAGAGUGCUUCAAAUCCCAUUUUUAAAAACAUAGUGUUGUGGUGGCCUUUCCUAAAAUGAACACUUGGUGGAGUGUGUGUGCCCACAGAAUAUCAUAGAAAGUGCUAAGUGCAUCAUGGAAACCACACACUAAGAAUCUAACGUUCAGUGAGAUGCAGCCUUGUAUGCAGCAUCCAUGCCACACAGGGAUGCUCACAGUGAUGCAGUCGCAUCUCUAUCCUCACAGGAUGUAUUUAUUUAAACCAUUGCUUUUAACCUAGCUUUGUAAUACGCUCAUCACCAGAAACCAACCUGCAAAAUGACUUUGGGUCUUAAGCAGACCUUUCAGGGAGUUUUGAGUUAUACUUUUACCAGGUAGAGGAGAGUGAGUAAAUUCUGAGCAACUGCAGAACAAUUGGACAGUUGCAGACAGCUUACGAUGCCAUUUGGCAGGAGAAGUGGAGACCUUUAGUUUUCCCUCAUUUUUGCACUGAAUAUAUGAUGAUAUAAAGCUAAAUGUGCAUAUUAAACUUUUUAUUUGUGCUUGGUGUUGCCAGUGACCAUCAAGACUUCUUUAGAUGGAAGAGGUGAAAAAACAGAAGCACCUUACCGUUCAGCAUACAGCACUUAUGUCUUGCUACUAAAUCCAUCAGUAGUCAUGCCUGAACUUUCCUUUUUUGUUAAAGCACAUUAAAAUUCUGCCUAAUUGCUUUGUAAAGUGAAGCAAUGGUAUUUUUAUCCUAUAAAUAUAAUGUAACUUAAAAAGUUUUCAUACAAAUGAGUUUAUAUCAUUAUCUAAAUUGUCAUGUAUUUAAACAGAAGUUUUUUAAAAUGGGAGGCAGUCCUGACCCAGAGAGAGAGAGAGAGAAUGAGAGAGAGAGAAUGUGUGUCUACUUAAUGUCCUGUGAGUUAUGUUACAGAUGCUCUUAUUGUAAAUUUUCGUUUUGCCCACAGUGAUGCACAGCUGGGCAUUUGUAUGAUUGGAUUCCAAAUUUAGAAAUGUUCCCUGUCUUCAAAGCGCUACUGGGUUACUGCUAGGUGCGUGUACAGAAGAUACCUCUGAGGCGGACAUGCUAAGCGUUCUUCAUGGAUGCUGUUUCACACUGACUCGAAAGCAAUCAUUUGUUUUGAGAGGAAGGGGAAGUUUCAUUUCUUGUUUGUUUUUGUAGGUACAGUUAAAAGUGGCUCAGAAAGUAUGUAGGAAAAACCUUGAGAAGUUUAAAAGCAAAAGGUCUGUAUGUUGAGUUGAGUUUUAACGGGAGGAAACAUUUUUACUUGCAUGUUGUAUAGUUAACUAUCAAAGGGUGCAAUGCGUUGUUUUAGGUUUCUCCUUGCAAAGUCCAUCGUCCUUGCUCCAGUCCUCGCCGUUAACAGUGGCAUUCCCUCUCUUGUGAUUUCUCUUCAUUUGUGUGAUGUUACAAAGGUUGGACGGUGCAGCCCAUAACAGUGACACACAGUGUCUCUGACACAGCCCCACUGCCUUGUUGAAUCUCUCUGUACCGUAUGCAUUGCCAAGUGUGAAACCACAAUAUGUAGUUUAUUGAGAAACGGAAGGCUGCAGAUCAUUUUGCAUGAGUAAAGCCCAUUGGGGCUAAGAAACUGACACUUCUUUUCACCUGUUUUGGGUAUAUGAAAAUUACAGUGGCAAACUGACUCAGCACUAUCAGCUUUGUGCAAUGUUAUAAAGGCAGAAGCAAAACACUAGUGCACUGUGCUUGGCUUUGCAGGAUGACUUUCCCAUCAUUACAUUAAGUGGAUUUGUCUGCAGUGUACUGUAAAUGCCAUCUCUUGCAGAUUUAUAUACUUCAUUCAUAUGCUCAAUUAACAUUCUAAAGUAUUAAAAAUACAAAGAAAAUACUAAGCAGGCAUUUAUAGCAAUACUAUGAAAUCUCCAAUAAUUGUUGACUAUUGCCUUUUGCUCUUUAGUGCAACUUUCUGCAUUAUUUUGUUGCUUUUUCUCUUUUUAUCAUUUCACACUCCUGACUUAAAUACUUGUUCACCCAAUAUUGCACUCACCUUUCUUAUUGUACAUGCAAUGUAACAACACACAGUUUUGGUGCUUAACAAUAUUCUUUUUUUUCUUUAAUAAAGGAUAUUUAUUUGAA